CUCGCGAGAGAGCGGCCGAGACGAGAGCUAGAGAGAGAGGAGAGAGGAGAGAGUCGGGACCCCUUUGCAUUAUAAAGCCACCGGUAAGGGAGGAUAAAAACCCUAAUCUGCGAUAGCCUAUGUUUUCACACACACACACACGACCGUUAUCAGCAUCAGCAGCAGCCUCAUCAGCGUAGGAAUAAUCAUCGUAAGACGCAAUUGGUAAGAGCGGGUGCACGGGCAGAGAGAGAGAGAGAGAGAGUCGGGGAGCAGAGACGCAAGGACGUACUGUGUCGCGCGCAUCACCGCGGCCAGAGAGCGCACGUGUGUCGAGUGAGAGGAAAGAAGAAGAGAAGCGGAGAGAGACACGAAGGGAUAGAGGGGAGAGAGAGGGGAGAGGGACACACGCAUCUGCUGCCUGAGAGCGGUUGCCUCGCCGGAGCCAACGGGGGAUUAUGACCGGAACUUCGGAUGAUUCUCCGUCGCGGAGCGGCGCACCUGAGCCGGAGGUGGAUGAGGGGGAGGCCCCACAGAGGAACUGGAAGGGCAUCGCCAUCGCUCUGCUCGUCAUCAUCAUCGUCUGCUCCCUCAUCGUCACCUCCGUCAUCCUGCUCACACCCGAUGAAGACCCGAGUUUGAUCCACGCCAAGAUCACUCUGCAGGACAUCUUCAGCGAAGACUUCGUGGCACGUGAUCCCCGUGCCGCGUGGCUGAGCGACAAGGAACUCGUGUACAGAACGGCUCAAGGCCACCUCGUCAUCCAGGUGCCCGGAGCCAACAGCAGCUCGUUGCUCGCCGACGCCUCCGUGCUUCAAAACGGCAAGGUGACGAGGUUCCAGGUGUCUCCCGACCGCAAGUUCGUGCUCCUGGAGCAAAGCACCGUCCAGACGCCUCGGUACCUCCUAUCUGCCUCCUAUACCAUCUACAACGUGCACACCAGGGAACUGCAUGAGCUGAAGGUUCCUGGAGGCUCGGAGGGCUCCCUGCAGUUCGCCGGCUGGGGCACACGCGGACAGCAACUCGUGUACAUUUACAAGAACAACAUCUACUACCAGCACAACGUGCGCAGCCCGGCCAUCCCUCUCACCACCUCCGGCAAGGAGGUCUCCGUCUACAAUGGCAUCACAGACUGGCUGUAUGGCGACGAGAUCCUGCACUCCCACGUGGCUCACUGGUGGUCACCGGACGGCGCCCGCCUGGCGUUCGCCGAGAUCGACGACUCCAGCGUGGCGACGACGGAGAUCCCGCAGUACACGGGGACACUGUACCCGGCGCCGCGCCACCACCCCUACCCCAAGGCCGGGCAGACCAACCCCACCGCCCGCCUCUUCAUCAUCAACCUCUUCGGGCUGCCAGUGGAGCACAUCGUCGAGCUGCUGCCCCCCGAGAUGCUGCGCUACCGGGAGCACUACUUCACGAUGGUGCGCUGGGUGACGGGAACCCAGGUGGCCGUCACGUGGGUCAACCGGAGGCAGAACCUAUCGGUGCUCACCGUGUGCGAAGCCACCACUGGGGCAUGCAGCGAGAGAUACCGCGAAGCGUCGGAGGCCUGGCUGCCCAGACAGGGUGAGAAGCCGCUCUUCUCGGCAGAGGGAACGCGGUUUUUCCUGCCGCUGCCGGUGAAGCAGGGAGGCCGUGGAGACUUCUACCACCUCGCCAUGUUCACCACGCAGGAGCGAGGAGGGCAGGACGUGCGCUAUCUGACUUCUGGGGACUGGGAGGUCACGGAGAUCGUGGCGUAUGAUGAGCAGCUACAGAGAGUGUACUUCAUGAGCACCGAGGAGUCGCCCCUGCAACGGCACCUGUACAGUGUGGACCUGCAGGGCUCGUUCCGCCGCAUCUGCGAGUCGUGCAACCUCGUGCCGAACUGCAGCUACUUCUCGGCCCUCAUGAGUCCGGGCUGCAGCCACGUCAUACUGCACUGCCUGGGCCCGUCGGUGCCUCGCUUCACGGUGCACAGCCUCCUGGAGCCGCGUGACUUUAUCGAUCUGGAAAGCAACGAGGUUCUGCGAGCCACCCUGGCCGCCAAGAGGCUGCCCACGAGGCGCUACCUCAACUUCGCUCUGGACGAGUUCGGAGUGCAGGUGCAGCUAGACCUACCCUCUGGCUUCACGGAGGAUGGGUUCUACCCCCUGCUUAUGAUCCUGGAGGGCGCCCCCGGCGAGCAGGCGGUGAGCGAGCGCGCCGCGUCGCGCUGGGACUGGGCGCUGCACAUGGGCGAGCACCCGCCCGUGCUGGCGCGGUGCGACGUGCGCGGCAGCGGCGGGCGCGGCAGCGAGUUCCUGCACGCGGCAUACCGCCGGCUGGGCAGCGUGUCGCUGCGAGACCACCUCUCCGUGAUCCGGUUCCUUUCCACCUUACCCUACAUAGAUUCAAGCCGCGUAGGUGUGUAUGGAAAGGGCUUCGGGGGCUACAUGAGCGCGAUGCUGUUGAGCGCUGGCGAAGGCCUCGCCCGAUGUGGAGUCGUGGUGGCGCCGAUCACCGACUUCACCCUCUACGCCUCCGCCUUUUCCGAGCGAUACCUGGGGAUCCCCUCUCGCGACGGCAAGGCCUACAAGGACGCCAAUCUCCUGCCCCACGUGGCCCGCAUGGUGGACGGGCGCCUCCUGCUGGUGCACGGCACGGCCGACGACAAGGUGCAUUUUCAGCACACGGCAGAGCUCAUUACUCACCUCAUCAACGCUGGGGCCAACUACACACUCCAGAUCUUCCCGGACGAGGGCCACACGCUGCUGGACAAUCACUCGCGCCGCCACUUCUACCGCAGCCUGCUCAAGUUCCUGGACGACUGCUUUGAGCCGGCCGUCGUGCUCAUCACCUACCACGACAAGGGCGACGAUGACGAGGAGGAGGAGUAACGGGGAAGAGGAGGAGGAGGAAGAGGAGGAAGGGGAGGAAGUGACACAGAGAGCCGAUGGUGGGAGGCGAGGGGGGAGGGGGCGGCGAGGAAGUGGGGCAUUAGGAUGAGUGAUGGCGAUGGAGACAAACAAGUGAUGACUGGACGGUUGUGAUGAGGGAGAGGAGGGAUCGGGUUGUGGAGAAGUGGUGGUGUCGAGUGGCACGGAGGAAUGACGAAGAGUGAUGGGCUACGGUUUGACGGGGUGAGUCGUGAUGGGGUGAGUCGUGACGGGGUGAGGUGUGACGGGGUAGUGUGUGUAGUUAUGAAGAGGACGCAUGGAAUGUAGAAGGAUUCACAGUUUGCAGUCGUGAAUAGGGGACUGACUUUUGGAGCGACUCAGAGCACUCACGAGUGUUGACGGGGAGUGUUGCGGAGAGGCUGGGAGCGUUAGCGAGUGUCGAUGUGGAGCGGCACAGAGUCAUCAUCCACUGAUGCGUUCCUGUGAUUGCCUCAAUUGCACCCUUCUCCAAAUGUCAACCCCGAGCCCCUGUCCCUUGAUCCUUAUCCACGUGCAGAGAGUCCCACGUGGGGUGGAGUGGAGUGGAGCGGCUGCUGCUGCUGCUGGUGUUGCUUUGUCAGUGGGCGGUAGAGUUUUCCGAAUGACUCAUUGUCUCUCUUUACAUUUAUUUGCGAACUACAUCCCGGGAUCUUGAACACCCACUGUUAAUCAGACAGCGACGUAUCAUCACGGUUAGUGCACACCGCAGCAAUAACCAGGGCGGCCGCUGGUUUCGAACCGCGAGCCUCUGCAAUAAAGCGUCGAAUGCGCUACCGCAAGGGCCGCCUCGCCAGAGUCAGCGAUGAGUGAUGUCAGAACCAGUCCUGGGCUCCAACCCCUCACCCCCUCACUUCACCCAUCCGCACUCAACCAACGCAUUGAAGUGCGCUCGCUUUUAAAAAAUAAUAACACCCGUGACCAUCAGGCUUUAGAGAUGCCUCUCUCCGUCGGUAGAUCGGCAAAGACUGAAAAUGACUAUAUAAUCUUAACCCCCCCCCACACACACACACACUUCGUCACGUGUAAUUUUAACGGCUCCCCUUUCUGACCCGCCACCCUUACGGCCGCAGGGGUAGAAGGGGAGAGAAGGUUGUGGGAGGGACAGAGUGAGAGUGUCAGAGUCCCCAGAGCCUCGCGGGCACACCAGACGGGGGGAGGAGGGGGGGGAUGGACAGAGCACAGACGGCUCGGGCUAGACAACCACAGCCCGAGAGGCAGAGGGCUGUUGGCCACGUGUCACGGCAUCGUCACUCACACGCGCCGUUACGAUGCCACGGCAUAGGGCAGGGGUCGGCAACCUACGGCUCCGGAGCCGCAUGCGGCUCUUUACGGGCUGCUUCUUGACGAUAUGUACGUAUGUACAGUAUGUACUCAGAUGCAUUGCGGCUCUUGAAAUACUGAAUUUUGAACCGAAUUGGAAAGAAAUGGCUCUUCUUGUUAUUUUGGUUGCCGACCCCUGGCAUAGGGUAUAACUGUUCACACGCGCCACCUACGUAUUCUCGAUGUAUAUAUAUAUAUUUACACACAUGCGCGGGCGUGGCUGUUCGUGGUUUCGAGGGGGCGUUUUGUAGCACUACUCGAUUGAUCUUUUGGACAGGCGCGACGGUCGUCGAUGCGGAGCCGAGUAAGACAUGCCCACGGGCAACGGGCAUGCCUCAGGGUUGCCACCUUGUCCUCUGGAGAGAAGAGAACCCGGACAAAUUUCACAGUCGGCACUGGGUCAAUGAUCCGAUCUGUGCCGUAGUCUUCUGUAAUAAAGUUCGUGCACGGCAACGCCGGUAGCAGAUCUCGGUACGAAUUAAUUCCUGCCCCGAGGAGUGGUAACAAAACGUGGCAGUUUACCGUAAAUAAAGUUCAAGACAAUGCCAGUAGCAGAUCCUCGGUACAAAUAAAUCCCUGCUGCCACCAAAUGGCAACUGUCAAUUCCUGGACUGUCGGGGUCAAACCCAGGUCAGAGCCAGCCAUGCGGCGACCCAAGCGUAUCGGCUGCGUCUCGACACGAACGGCGGCGUUCGUCGUUCGCGGCUCGCAAGCCCUCCCCGUGCCCGUGGUCGUUCUGCACAAAACGAGAAGAGGUUUUCGGCGCUUGGGUCGCGCAAAUUGUUUUAUUUUUUUUGCCGACGGUUAUCAGUCCAUGCCUGGUGGAUUUUUAUUCGGCUCUGCGUCUUUUGUCAAACGACGACGACGAUGAUGAUGAUGAUGAUGUUGGUGACUGAAAUAAUGUUGAUCAACAUUCAUGGCAAACUGACGGUAAUCGUUCUCACGCGGGCGCAAUGAUCGUCCGUGAUGAUGAUGGCGGUGUUGGUGUAUGACAAGUGAAAGUAAUGAGUUCAGUAAUUAAAGAUCUCCAACCGACGGUGCAUAUUUCAAUUUAAAACACCCAAUUAAGGUGACAGCAAAUACAUAAGUUAAUAAAAUCAGCCUUUGGAAGCGUUAAACAUCAACUCUAAUUCACAAUGUGAAUCGAGUAUGACGAUGGGCGACCCAACGCAAAGUGGCAAUGCCAAUCAAUUUGAGCUUAGAAGGGGGGUCCUCUUACCGUAUUCUCCAGAUUAUUAGAUCCAAUUUAUUUCCCCUGUAUUGUAAAGCAAACGUUCGCGAUGCGUCCUCAUAAUCUCGCUUUUCAGAGUCACCAUCCCGAAUUCAGUUCUCCGUAGCAAUACAGCGACCCCCAAGAGGACAAGCAGACGACACCACGAGCUGCUUGGACUCAUCUUACCGACCUCCCCAUCAUAAAGCAGUGCGUUCAUAAUCAUUCAUUUGUCCAUCCUCUGCGGCUCAUUCAUGUGCUCCAAGCUGCAUGGCUCAUUCGUAUAUUCCACGCUUCGUGGCUCAUUCAUAUACUGACCCCCAAAACAAGUCGUCGGUUGCAUCUUGCUAAUGCGGAGAAUUCCCGGAAAUUCGCCGCUUUGAUCUUCGUGGGGUUUAUUAAAUUGGCGAAUCGACGAUUCCGUUGGAGGCCUUUUCAUUACUCACUUUCUCGUUGCUCUCUCUCUCGUGGCCGUGUGUGUAAUGUAAGCAAUAGGCUCCAGCUACUUGGCAGCAGGGAAAGGGGGGUGGGGUCGUGGGGGGUGUGUGUUCAACAAGCGGGCGUCAACUUCGCGUUGUGAACUUUCUCAGAGUGCACCCAAACACGCGGCCACGGCUCCUUUUGCACCUGAUUGGCCGAAGGCUCUCUGGAGGUUUGCGACCACGUUGGAACCUACCCAGAACCACUCCUGGGUUCGCUAACCUUUGCAUUGAUGGGGGGGGGAAUGAGCGGGUGGAGGGUAACGCCAGGUAUUAACCAGGUAAGUGUUGUAUUUGGUUAAUUUUGUAUUAUUUAAUUCACGUUAGACGAGUAAUUAUCACAAACUAAAGUUGUCUUUAACUUUCAAAUCAACCUCUAAACUGUUAACAUCGAAUGUUAAGGGAAGGGCCCUCUUCUGUCUCACCCCCUCGGCUGCAGCGUCUCUCCACGACAAUUGAAUCAUCAUUGAUUGGUUUUCGACAGGAACAUUUACUCGUGAUUCAUAUAUUUUACUGUUGACUUGAAAUCAGCUCAUUCCUUAAUGUAUCUAGCAUCUCCUGCGUCGGCCACGGGCUUUUAAUAGUUGGUGGCUCUGAAGUAAUUUGCUUUGUUUAUUUUGUUAAGUCACUGAGAACACGAAGGGCAGCACUGCUUGGUCUGCCAGGUGAGAGGUCUCUUUUGCGCUGCUGUUGCUGCUAUUAUUAUUAGACCCUGAAUAAAUUCAAACCUUCAUUUUCGUUGGUCUGAAAAGCGACUUCGCCAACUCGCAUGCGAUUGGCCGUCGAGCAGAGCUGCUACUUCUCGCGUGAUUGGUCGGCGGGUGCCGGAUAUCCACACCCCCAACGUACGCGUGAUUGGCCGGCAGUCCGCUCAACAGCGCACGUCAUAGGCUGUGCAUACCUAGCAGCCAAUCGCAAGUGAGUGGGCACAAUGACCCCGCCAGCCAAUCGCACGUGAUUGGAUGUCACCGCGAUUUGUUUUGCAGAGUGCGAUUUGUACACGUGCA